UGACGACUUUGAUGAUAUAAAAUAACACAAAAAAGUCUUAUCGUGUAAACAGAAGCAACGGAAAGAAUUCAAAUAAAUACUACGUUGAAAUGUCAAAUUUAAAUUUAAACACCAUCAUAGUGGACCAAUCAGAAUGCACUAGAUACCGCUGUGUGUACACCUUACGUGUACGCGGGCGUUUAAAAUAUAAAAUAUAUAAUAAUUCAACACAACGAAUAUCAAAGAAAUUCUCACAAUUUUUUUGGAAAAUUAAGAAUUUUUAGUGAAAUAAAAUCACCAGUAAUAGUAUUUAUGAUUUUCCCUUUGAAUUAUUUUCUCGAAAAUUGUUUUGACGACUUACUGAGGCUUUCAAAUCUUGAAAACAAUUCGACUUUGGUUCGUUGUUAUUGGAAACGAGGAAGAGGAAGUAAACAAAUAUGGUUGUUCUCGAAGAUCUUGCUGCAUAUGAAGAUCAGAAGAUAGUGGAAGAAUCAUGUGUACAUACACAUUCUAAACCAUCGUUUUUCACACCGGACUUUCAUUCAACAACGAAGCCCGAUGAAGCCACUGAUACACUGCAAAGUGCUUUUUUGAAGUUCAAGAAGAAAAGACAGAAUAAGUUACAAAGUCUGUCUUCCAUAAACUGUGACAUUCCAAAAGAGCACAGAAGCCGGGAAGAAACAGAUGUUUUACGAGCAAAGUUUGUGCAACAAGCAUCGUGUUAUUUUGGAGUUCCUUACGCCAAGCGAUACCAUAAACCAGGCACUCUUGAGUAUGAAGCUCCUCUAUUUCUUGAUUGCUGUGGUCUAGUUCGUAAAGUUGUGAAUGACUUGAAGGAUGAUUUUGGUUUCACAAUUGGUCCAUGGAAUCAAGCUUACAUGUUUGAUACGUUGCCCAAUGUCGUACGAAAUGUGAACGCUAUGAAGCCAGGAGAUUUGGUUUUUGUUUCUGGCAUUUUCUACGACUCAAGAAAAAAGAAACAGAAGCACGAUAUUGUUCAUGUAGAAAUAUGGGCAGGCAGUGGGAAAAAGACUAUUGGAGCCAGGUGGAAAACAGGAAAAGUAGAACUACAUGAUUCAUAUGAAUACACAUCAAAAACGUACUAUAACAUGGUGUAUCAUUUUAAAUCCAUUGAUACUUGGCUGCAAGGAGUUUGUAAAAGCUUUUGCCCUCAACAUCCAUGGAAGAUUCCAGCUGUUGUUCCACGGAAUUCGAUCUUUUUUAGUCUUGAAGACGAAAAUAUGCUGGCAGACGAGAUCUUUGCAACGAACAACGAUCCACGCAGUUUGUCUGAUGAUGUAACCCUGUUGAACAUCGAUACACGUGAUAAGGAAAGUUUUCAAAAAGAUCAGAAGCAUCUUGGGAUAUUUGAAGAAAAACUGACAUUCAGCGAUGUUAGCAAUUGGUCAUCCCAAAUAUCAGAGUUAAAUUUUGAGUUUCUCAAAACAAAUUUACAUUGUUCUAAAAGUGAACAUAUAAAAUGCAGGCCUGCUUAUGCUCAACAAGAAAACAUUCAUUUAUCAAGAAGCGGGAAUCUUGAUUUCACAAGUCCGGCUCUUCACAAUGCCAAAGACUGCAACUCUUGGUUAGUAAACGAUUGCUUCUGUGAGCAAUGCACUGCUGUCAUCUGGAAUGAUUCGUAUGAAAUGAUGAUAGAUUACAGAAGCGACGAAAUCGUAGAAAUAUACCCUCAAGACAACGAUUUCUUGGAAAGGCAAUGUAUUAAACCAUCAGACAUUGAACAUUGUCAUGGCUUGUGUUUUUCUCUUUCUUGUCCAAAUCCUCAAAGAAACGUUACGCGUAAUUCUCGUAAACUCGUAGUUGCAACGGAGAGCAAAAAAAGAAAAGACGACUCUACACGAAAUUAUAAUCCUGACCACAAAGGAGAAAAUGCAAAUCAAACAUCAAAACCAUUUUGCACACCAAGUAAAUCACGCAUCAGAGUUCAUGAAAAGUCAAAGACAUUUUUCAUUGGUGGACAAAAUGGAUCAAAAAUAGUCGAUGCUACUUUAUCUUCGUUUGGUUGGACGAGAAUUUACGAUAACAGAGAUACAACAUUUUAUAUGAAAUGGGUUGAGUGCAAAAAACACAUCGAUUUUACUCGUUUUCGCGACGGAGAGCAAAUGGUCAAUCAUAUUCCAAAUGGUAGUCUACUUACUACAAAAACUGGAUUGCUGAUGAGUUUACAAGACUUUGAAAGACUGAACGGGAAAAUACCUCCAGGCCAUAUUGGAUCUCAUUUGGUGAUGAAGGAUUUUGUUCCGGAAACAUUUAAACUUCAAAAUCAAACGGAGAUUGAGAAUUUCAUUCUCAAUAUAUACAAAGAUGGCGAAAUGUGGAUUUGUAAACCAGCUGGAAUGAAUCAAGGAAAGGGAAUAUUUCUCGUUAGAACUCGUGAGGAAUUAAUUGAAAAACUUCAAUGCAAAACAGUCAAUAAUUCUCGUCAAAGAUUUUUGCCAACUGCUGGUAGAGUCAUUCAAAGGUAUAUCGUCAAUCCUUUCUUGUUGAACGGUUUCAAGGCUGACAUUCGUGUGUACAUGUUGAUCGCGGGCACGUGUCCAUAUAUGGUCUUUUACUAUCCAGGUUAUGUAAGAUUAUCAUUGGUUCCAUAUAGCCUGAAUGAAGAAGAAAUCCACGCUCAUUUGACAAACCAGUACAUUCAAAAGAAACAUCCAUUAUAUGCACAAGUGAAAGAAGAAACUAUUUGGAGUUUGCAACAACUUCAGGAAUACAUGAGCCGAAAUAAUAUCCCCGUUCCUCCUGAUUGGGUGGCUACUGCACUUACGAAACGGAUGAAAGAUAUUAUGUUGUAUUGUUUCCAAAGCGUUCGUUUCAAAUUGCAAAGUCGAUUGGGAUAUUUUGAUUUAUUAGGCUUUGACUUUAUGAUGGACGAAAAUCUGAAUGUUUGGUUGAUUGAAGUAAACGUAAAUCCUGCGUUGCAUACGAACUGUAAGAUUUUGUCAAGUUUCAUUCCGGAGCUGGUUGAAGACACAUUGAAGUUAGUCAUUGAAGUAUUUGAAAAAAGUCGACGAAAUAAGAAAAUUACGAGCGUUGAAAAUCUUGGAAAGUUUCAGUUGAUUUUCAACGAAGGCGAAAAAUGAGAAAACAAGAUCGUCUUGUUAUAGUGUCAGUGAAAAUCACGCCGUAAAGUGUUCGUGUAGCUCGGAGAUUUCUACGAACAAGAAACACGUCAUGCGUUGUAGAAUUCUAAGUGGGACCAGAGAGUUGCGUUGAAAACGUUCGAUGAAUCGGAAAGAAAGAUUUCCAAGAAACAAGGUUAUGGUCGGCUAUGACAUUUCAUGCAAAGGUAUUUGUUUAGUGACUUAGAAAUGAUAUUGACUUGGCUAAAACAACACACAUUUACGCUCCGAAAGUCAGUAUCUUAAUGCGUUUGACCUCUUCAUGACAAGUGGCAUUGUAAAUAAAAAAAUGAAAGCAUGAUUUCGUAAAACCGAGAAUUUUUAAUAGCCAGCUCUUUACUUUUAGUUAGGCAGAGUUGCUUGCAUGAAUGUACUAUGAUUAUUAUGCUAUGUUCACCCUUGUAUCCAUUUUAAUAACCACCAAAAGUAAUGAUGUCAUAAAUUUAUUUUGAGUACAGCAAA